AUGUUUGACUGUUGUUCUAUUUCGGAUGCACAUCAUAGGGCAAGGCAGGUAGAGAAACAAAUGGGGCGUAGGAUUUCAAAUUGGGGUAACAAUGUCGCAUCUACCCAAGGAAGUAAUCGUAGUACAUCAACAAGUAGUAUUGUUAAUAAACCUAAUUCGGUGUCGACACCAAAUAAAACUCCAGGCAGCUAUUUUGGAGGCAAGUGUAAUAAGUGCGGAGAAACUGGGCAUAAAGCCACUGACUGUCGCAAGGUAGAACGCAUGAACAAGUCUCUUUUCAAUGAGAACGACCAUGAAGUAGAUGAAUGGGUACCUGAAUAUGAAGAGGAUCCUGAGGAUGAUGCUGAACCUAAUGAAGAAGUAGUUACAGGAGAUACAGGAGUGAACUUUGUAGUAAGAAGAAGUUUUCUUACUCCACGUAAAGAUGAGGGCGAUAACUGGUUACGUAAUAAUAUAUUCCAGUCGACAUGUACGAUCGAAGGAAAAGUCUGCCGUUUAGUUAUUGAUCCGGGAAGCUGCGAGAAUAUUAUUGACGAAGAGGUCGUGAAACGGUUCAGGCUAGAAACCAAGGUUCAUCCGUAUCCAUAUAAACUUUCUUGGCUUAAUAAAGGGAAUGAGGUAGCAGUAAACAAACGAUGCUUAGUUUCUUUUUCGAUUGGUAACAAAUAUAAAGAUAAAAUAUGGUGUGACAUUACUAGUAUGGAUGCUUGUCACUUGUUGUUGGGACGUCCAUGGGAGUUUGACAGGAAAAUUAUUCAUGACGGACAUAAAAAUACCUACAGUUUUUUAUGGAAUGAAGUACGUAUAGUACUUGUACCCAGCAAAGACUUGGCACCUAAACCAUCUACCGGAAAAACUACCAAUCUCUUGACGCUUAAGCAGUUUGAAGAUGAAGUUGAAGAUGCAGGAGAACUAUAUGUGUUGAUUAGCAAAGACCAACAGCCGGAUGCAAGUAGUAUCCCUAUUUCCGUCCAACCUUUAAUUAAGGAAUUUAUUGAUGUUUUCCCUAACGAGUUUCCGGACGAGCUACCACCUCUACGGGAUAUACAACACCAUAUUGAUCUCGUGCCUGGAUCAAGCCUGCCAAAUAAAGCGCAUUAUAGAAUGAGUCCUAAGGAGCAUGAAGAACUUUGUCGUCAAGUGGAAGAGAUGUUACAGAAAGGUUUCAUCCGACAGAGCCUAAGUCCUUGUGCAGUACCCGCCUUGCUGAUUCCAAAGAAAGAUGGAACGUGGAGAAUGUGUGUUGACAGUCGAGCCAUCAACAAAAUCACAGUAAAAUAUCGUUUUCCAAUUCCUAGGUUGGAUGACUUGUUAGAUCAGUUGUGUGGAGCGAAGGUGUUUAGCAAACUCGAUUUAAAGAGUGGGUACCAUCAGAUCAGAAUUCGAGAAGGUGAUGAGUGGAAGACAGCUUUUAAAACGCGAGAAGGGUUGUAUGAAUGGAUGGUUAUGCCGUUUGGAUUGUCCAAUGCGCCUAGUACAUUCAUGCGUAUAAUGAAUCAAUCCGCCUACAUAACGGGUUGUAGACUCAGAAAUGGGUAG